CCGGACCCAAUAAGUCCGUAUAACUCCGUUUUUGCAUAUUAAACAAAAAUGUCUUCCAGCAGUGAAAGGAGAGGGAGGAGGGCGAGUAGAAGGAGAGACAGAUCCUACAGUAGAUCAAGAAGCAGGAGUGUAUCUCGGAGUAGAAGCAGAUCAAGAAGCAGGGAGAGAAGGAAUACGAGUAGAGAGAGGAGGUCCAGUAGAUCAUGGAGCAGAGAGAGGAGGAGUAGGAGCAGAGACAGGAGUAGAGAGAGGAGGAGACAUCGUAGAGUCUGGAGGGAACACGAUGAUAGAGAUGAAGUUGAUUACUCCAGUAGGAGAGAUGACCGAUCCAUACAGCAUCACAGUUCAGAACCUGGACCUGUUGUAAUGCUCAGAAACCUUGUAAUGUCAAUAACGAAGGAACAGCUGGUGGCUGCAAUGGGCCCUGCCAUGUCCACAGUAGUUGACAUCAGGCUGAUCCAGAACAGAGAGGGGUCUCGUAACUAUGCUUUUGCUGAAUUCAAUUCAGUUGAAGAUGCUACAAAAUGGAUGAAUGAACAUAAAGAGGCUGGUUUCCAUGUGCGUGGUUGUGAGGUGAACAUAACUUACAGUCGACAGCAAAAAGAUAACAACAAUAUUGAGACUAAGAACAAGAGAGACUCAAGACGUGGCGACUGGAACUGCUUUAAGUGUGGUACACUUAAUUUUUCAAAGAGGAGUGUUUGUUUAACGUGCGAUUGUUCAAGAUCAGAAUCAGACAGUCUUGAAGAUGACAGAUUAUCAGGACGACUCCCUGAAUCAGAGCAGCGUGAAGACACAUCAGAACCUCCUUCCAAUGUCAUUAUCAUUCGUGGUUUGGAACUGUCUUCUAAUGAGAAAUCAAUCAGAGAUGCUAUAUCUGGUAUAUCCAGUGUCCAUCUGAAGGACAUUAGACUCAUCAAAGAUAAAGUCACUAAUAUUUCAAGAGGUUUCUGUUUUGUAGAGACUGAUACAGCUGAGGAAUGUGGUGAGCUAAUGAAAGCUGUACAGGAGCAGUUUCCCGCCUUUUUCAUUGACGGAAAGAGAGUGAAUCCUUCAUUCGCCAGACAGAACAUAGUACCUGUCCAAAGCAAACCAAGUAACGCUAAAGCAGCAGCCGCUAUUGAACAAGCUCAAGCUAUGAACCAGCAAAGAGCUUUAAGACAGAAACAGCAACAAUCAUCAGCUAAUAACACCAUUAGCAGCAGUACAGGUAAUACUGAAACACCUUCUGAUAGUGGUCUUCCGUCUACAUACAUGUUUGAUUCUGCUUCUGGCUUUUAUUACGACACGACCACCGGACUGUAUUAUGACCCUAAAACACAGUAUCAUUAUAAUAGUCAGACUGGACAGUAUUGUUACUAUGAUGCCAAUAAACUAGCUUAUAUAUCUGUUAAUGCUGAUGGCACACCUGCAGCUGUUAGUGAAAGUGAUGAAUCUAUUCCGGCAUCUAAAGAGAAGAAAAAGAAAGAUGUUAAUACAGUAACAAGUAGCAAGACAGCAAAGAAGAUUGCUAAAGACAUGGAGCGAUGGGCUAAAUCUAUUAAUACUCAGAAACAAGUUCAACAAAGUUUAAUUCAUCACCAGCAACAAGUAAUGAUACAGCAAAGACCAUUGGCUGCUGUUGAAGAUAUCAAUCCAGCAACAAUAAUGGAGUCAUCACUCACUGAGGAAUCAACUACUCACGAGUUGGUUAGUUCUAGUGAAUUCAUUGACGUGGAGCAGCUAGCCUGUCUCCUUUGUAAGAGGAAGUUUGCUAAUGAGUCACAGUUACUGAAGCAUCAGCAGUUCUCGGACCUACACAAACAAAACAUGGAAAAGGAGAGACAGAAAUUAUUCUCUAAUCCAGGAGGAGCACCUGAAUAUAGAGACAGAGCUAAGGAGAGGAGGGAUAAGUUUGGUACAGUGGCCAUUGUUCCUGGUUGGAAGAAGAGAUUUGAAUUAGAGAGAGCAAGAGAAUCUAUAGACUCUUCAGACACAUACGAACCUCCAGCUGAAACUCAAUCUCGUUCUCAUGACAAUGUUGGAAGCAAGUUAUUAAAGGCGAUGGGAUGGAGUGAAGGUAAAGGAUUAGGGAAGCAGCAUCAAGGAAUCACUGCACCAAUUGAAGCGGAACAAAGAGCCCCUGCAGCUGGUCUAGGAUCAGUGGGCAGUCAUUAUGGAGGUGCCAGUGGGUCUAGCAGUUACAGGGACAAUGUUAAGUCUGUGGCUAGAGCCAGAUUUCAACAAAUGUUUCAGAACAAAAAUUAAUAUUAAUAAUAAUUAUUAUUAUUAAGUACAUGUACAUGCACAUAUUUACUAUAAAUGUCAAAAUUUGUAAAGUUAA